AAAAGCUCGCGAUACGCUUACCACCAAAAAAAAAGCUCAGCAACUCGCUGAGUCGGAGUCGCGAGACAAGUUUGCGAGUCGAGUCGAGUGGAGAGCAAGCAAGUGACUCUCUGGUCUACGUAGCGUUGUAUUCCAGUGUGUGUUAAAACAUUAAAAGCUAGGCUGGAAAAAGGACAACAGUUAAAUAGAAGAUACCAACACUAUUGGUAUCCAGCAGCGUCAGCGUUAGCGGUACGAAGCGAUACGGAUACGGAGCUGCAAACUCCAUUUGGCAUAAUUCCCCACACACACACAAUCGCACACACACACUCGGGAGAGAGUAAAAAGUCGAUUUUUCACCAACAUCAAGUUGUAUAUGUGCAAAGUUUCAAUUGCUCGAUAUUAAAUGCAAUUGCACUUCACUAAAAAGUUCGAUAUACAUAGUUGUUAUACGAAGAUAGAUGUGCGCAGUGAAAAGAAAAGCAUAUCAAGAUGUGCUCGAUGUGUGUGAAUCAAUUAUAGAUUGCACUUCUCUGUUGUGUUCACAAAUCGCAAUCGCAAUCUCAAAUCACAAAUGGCAAAUGGCAAAUAGCAAACGGCAAACGGGAAUCGCAAUCGCAAUGCUGAGCUCAUCGCAUAGAGCAUAGAAAAGUUUUGUGCCCCCCAAACAGCAGCAAAAACUUUCAACAUUCAACCACCCCUCAGCAGCAGCAGCAGCAGCAGCUCCGCUUCGCCUUGCUUCCCUCACCCCCUCUCGAGUCGUGUCGUGUAGCCAGGUCUCAGCACUCUGCACUCAACACUCUCAGGUCCAGAGCUGGCCUGUUGUUCGGUGUGAUGUUAUGUUUAUGGUAAUGAGCAAAGUGAUAAUGCGUGUGACUAAACGCCUCAAAGGCUGUUGAAGCGAUGCGCACUUGCCGGGGGCGGAGGACAGCCGAAGCCAAAGCCUUAGCCUUAACCUUAUCCUCAGCCAAAACCAGAAGCAGCGCCUGUGACCAAUAAAAAAACCGAAAAGCAAAACAUCCAAGGAGAGACAACGAAAAAAUAACGCAUACGUCCAGUACAACGAGAGGCAGCAGCAAGAACGCUAAGGACGGCAGCAAAACGACAAGACCAACAACAGGAAGUACGACGACCAACAUCAGGUCGACGAACAGGACGCGCACAUGGCGAGCUGGAGCUGGAGCAUCUUGUGCGCAACGCUGCUGGCCGGCCUCACUCUGCUCACGGUGACGCACACGGUGCGCAUUACCAAUCUGCGGGUGCCGCACACCUACACACUCGAACGUGAUAAUGAGCCCGAUCCUCUGGUGCUGGACUGCGAGUACGAAAUGGCGCCGCGGGAGAAGGGCUUCGUCCUCAAGUGGCUCUUCAACAAUCACUCCAUCUAUCAGUGGAUACCCUCCGUAAAGGGUUUCGCCAUGGGCUUCAUGAAAGCAAAGAUAGACACCAAAAUAUUCACCAUGGAGGGCAGUCCCGGUGUUAUAUCGAUAAAGAAUCCCGACUGGAACAUGACGGGGGAAUACACUUGUGCCGUGCAAACCUUUGAGUCCACGGAUAAGCGAAGUGCCCGCUUACAAAUAAUCGUUCCUGAAUCGGAUUUCAUGCUGGAGGCACGCAUGGGUGGCGAACAGACCGAUGUGGACAUUAUGUGCGCCGUGCAAAAUGUUUUCCCUCAACCAGUUCUAUCUGUCAUCUUCGAUACACACAUACUGGACUCGGUGCUCACGCAGUUGGAUCAGAAUCCGAGUGGUCUGUACAGCAUGACAGUGCGAACGCGCAUUCCUAGAGAUCAACUCGAAUCGCCCACACCGAUAACAUGUGCGUUUUUCCUGCUUGGCACAAACUAUACCAAACGCAGGGAGACUAUUUUCUAUGAUAAAGCCACAAAUAUACAACGCAAAUGGACAACAGUCGCCGUAGUUAUGUCGAUCGCAUCUUUAGCUUUAAGCAGUUAGUUUGGUAGUGUUUUUUGUAGGCUAUGUACGUAUUUGUUUUUAUGUUCGUAUAGAAUGUUUACAAUUCUUUAUUUCUCAUUUUUAAAUAGAAUUUUUAACGAUAAACGUAAUUUUUUGCGGUAUUUUUAAAAAAGCGCUUAUUUUGUAAAUGCAUGUAAAUGUAAGAGAAAACGAUAACAAACACAACAAACAACAGACAACAGACAACACUUACACACCCAUAAAUACAGACAGACAAACACUACUAAGUAACAAACAGACACUUAAACAAGACUCUUCAAACACACACACACACACAACAAACAUUCAAAACGAAGCUGAGAACAAACAAACAACAAGAACAACAAGAAACUAAAACAAAUUAUUGUAUUCAUAUAUAUUUACCACAUAAAUAAAUAUAUAUAUAUAUAUAUAUAAAUAGUUAUAUAUGAUGUAUAGGUAUAAUUGAGUACAGAAACGCUAAUAAAAAACGAAAACAUUAAAAGUGCAUUAAA